UUUUGCCGAACACCGGUAUUUGCAGAGUUUUUGAACUGUAGUUUGGCACAAAAUGGCUGUUCCCACAACGGUAUCCCUGGCGCUGGCAUCCGUCUCUGCGGUGCUGAUCUUUUCCGGCAUGCAAAUGUACCGUCCGCUCUUAGCAUCCUCACAGGUUGCGACCAUUUUCGGUGGAUACCUCGGAUCCUGGCUAUUCGUUCUCUCUCUGACGGCGGUGUCCAACUUGGAAGCCGUCGUGUUGGGUAGCGGAUUCCAAGCGAAGUUCUUUCCGGAAGUGUUGUUCUGUCUGAUUGGCGCCCUGUUUGCCUGCGGCAUGGUUCACCGUGUAUGUGUUACGUCGUGUAUUCUGUUCUCGAUCGCUGCCCUUUAUUAUGUCAACAAGAUAUCCCAAAAAGUGCACAACGUCACGGUUGCCCAAGUGGACAGUUACGCUGGAAAGAAGAAGAAAAAGUAGAAUCAAAACAACUGGACUCGCGACAUUCCCAGAGCGAGGAAUAGACGGGUCACAACUUCAUCACUCUUUAUACGUAGGAUUAUUGCUUAGCACUCUCCCGAAAGUCACCGUUGCUAUCAUAUAAGAAAAAAUAUAACAUUCUCUAA